GCCCUUAUUUUUCAGAUGCUGUAUUUUUCAAGGCUGCUUUUGCAGAUUUGAAAACAGCUUCGAGAUAAGCUGCAAUGCUGUGGUUGACUCGUUGAGACUCAAUUAAGAGAAGAUUAGGUGAGGAGAUAAAGAGGUGGUUGGGACAUGAGAUUCCUUUGUGCAUCUCUCCCCCCCUCAUGUCCAGGGUCAGGUUGGAGGUGCUGGCCGGGAACGUCAGCUUCAGGCAAGAGCUUGAAUGUCCCAUCUGCUUGGAGCUGUUGACCGACCCGGCCAUCCUGUGCUGCGGCCACACUUUCUGCGGAGAUUGCUUGCGGGAGCUGUGUGAGUGGCAGAAUACCACAUCGUGUUGCCCCGAGUGCCGGGAGCCGAUGGAACCGGAGACUUGGCGGCCCAACCGGGCGGCGCAGCGGCUGAGCGGAGCUGCCCGGGCCCGCGAUGAGCUAUACUGCGAACAACACGACCUGCGGCUCAGACUCUACUGCCACACCGACCACAGCCUCAUCUGUCUGGGCUGCCGAGACAGCCCGGAGCACCGGGAGCAUGAGGCCAGCCCGAUCAACGAGGCGGUCCCAGAGUACAAGGACAAGCUCGAACAAGAGAUGACUGCCCUCAAGGAUCGAUCAGCUGCCUUCAGUCGCCUCUGGUGUACAGAGCAGAACAAGAAGGUGCAGAAGGGCCUGGACUCUCGCCUGGAGGAGCUGCGGAAAUGCCGUGCUCUGGACGACAUUGAUUUCCUGAAGGCGAUGAUCAAGCUGAGGCCUACUGAGAUCCAGACGCCCAGUGAGGUGCCCCUCGGAGGACACAAGGGCCCCCAACAGUAGAAGAUGUGUAGAGAGAGAUGAAGGACUUCAUCAGCCCGGGUGCACUGCCCGAGCGGAGCUCCAACGUACCGGAUAAAUAAAUAACGACAAAGAAAACCGCAAAAACGUCAAGAAAAUCGUCGGCAGAAUGUGCAAUAUUUCACAGUGUAGUGUUAUCAUAUCUAUUAUAUACUCAAAAGUCUGAUCUUGUAUGCGGAUGUAUUUAUUUGUGAGUGUAUUUGUUUGUGUAUAAUCACAUUUUCUCGAACAAAUGAUGCGCUAACGGUAAAAUGUUUACAUAUUCCGGUAGAGAUUUAUCCCGUGGACUCCAAAAUCGCCUCUUCUCAAACUGUUAUGCAUUAUUUCUCGAGUUAUUAAUCAAAAUGUUAAAAAAUCUCAAAACAUGUGGAAAAAAAAUACAGCUGUGACAUCAUAAUGGGAUUAUAACCCUGCUCGCAGCAUUGUUGCCGUCCAAGUACACCGAGUCCUGCUAGUCCGAACAAGUGCAAAUGCAUUUUUUUAAGUCACAGUACACUGAGUUCUGUGAGCUAGCAUGUGCAAUUGCAUUUUUUGUUAAGUUUUAAAAUGAGGGAGGGUUAAUAAGGCAAAAUGAGCCUUUGUCGGGUGAGUGAUGGAACGGGUUGUGUUGGGGGACCAGGCCUCCAGCAGGGGCUGUGGGUGUGUGGUGCAAUAUUGCGUUGGGGAACGGGUUACGUUGGGUGACCAGGCCUCCCGUGUGACAGGAACCCAACGGGUCCCACUUGCUCUAGUAACUAUUAAAUGUCUGAUCUUGGAUGUUUAUUUAAUUUUGUGUGUGUGUCCGUUUGAGUAUAAUCACAUCUUCGUGGAAAAAAUGAUGCGGUAACAGUAACAUUUUUACAUAUUCCGGUAGACAUUUUCCCCCUGGAGUAAAAAAAUCGCCUUCCCU